AUGUAUUAUGAUGUACUCUUUAAUUUCACAAUCACAUACAGUAGACCCCUGUUUUAUGCAUAUUCGACUUACCGGAGUCUCAUGUUUAUGCAAAUGAAUAUUAACACCCAAGCAGAAAAAUACACCCCGCGGCAUGCGGCAUUCAUGUAUAUACGUGAAAUGCUGGACUGGAGUUACGCGCAGCCUGGGUUCCCAAGCAGGAUUCUGGAUUUAGGAUUCAGCCUCAAUGUUGCCAUUGUGUUCAAGAUGAGUGCUUCUAAUAGUGAUUCUAUAAGUGCUUCUGUCUUUACAAGGAAAAGAAAAGCUAUAACUUUGGAAGAAAAACUUGAAGUUGUGAAGAGAUACAAAAGAGGUGAGAAGACAAAGGAAAUUAGGUGUGCUACAGGGCUCAGUGAGUCAACUCUCCAUACAAUUAGGGACAAUGUGGAGAAAAUUAAGAAGUCCCAUAAGAGUGCUACACGUUUAUCUACUGCCAGUGUUUCAUUAACAAGAUCGGCUGUCAUGGAGAAAAUGGAACACAUGUUGACAACAUGGAUCGAGCACCAGAAUCAAGAACACGUGCCCCUUUCAACCCAGGUGGUUCAAACAAAGCCACGCAGCAUUUAUGAAGUGUUAAACCAUGAUGAUCCUGAAGCCAAGCCAUUUAAUGCAAGUGCCAGAUGGUUUGAUAGAUAUAAAGCAUGCCAUGGAUUUCAUAAUCUCAAACUGAUGGGCGAAGCAGCAGCUGCUGAUAAAAGUGCUGCAGAUAAAUCUCCUUCAAUCCUACAGGCUACCAUUGAGGAGGAAAGCUACGAUAUGAGGCAAGUUUUCAACUUAGACAAAACUGGACUCUUCUGGAAAUGGAUGCCAAGUCAAACAUUUAUCUCAGUCUAGGAGAAAACUGCCCCAGGGUUCAAGGCCACAAAGGAUUACUGCACACUGCUGCUUGGAGCGAAUGCAGCUGGCGACUUCAAACUCAAACUGUUGAUGGUUUACCACGCUGAAAACCCUUGGGCACUUAAGGGUUAUGCAAAGGGACACCUGCCUGUUUAUUGGAGAAUGAACUGGAAAGGAUGGGUUACUGGAUCAUUGUCUGAAGAUUAUUUUUCCAGUCUGCUGCAUUUGGAAUUGAGGGCUUAUUGUGACAG